UCGACUACUUUGCGUCUUCUCUCUCUACCUUUCUCUCUCUCUCUCUCUCUUACCAAUUAGCCUUUGCUCUCUCUAAGCUUACGAUUUUUCUUUUUUUGGACUAUCUCUCUUCCUCUAGAUCUUCACGGCCUCGGCCCUCUUUUUCGAUCUCUUUUUCUCAAAAUUAGGGUUUUCGAGCUCCAAAAGCAUCGUCUCAGUUGCUUCUCUCUCUCUCAAAUCUCUUCCAGCUCUUCUACUAUCUCUCUCUCUCUCUCCGUUAACGAUACCUAGAUUUGCUAGUCUUAUUGGGGCUUGCAGAUCUAACCAGCUCUUUGCUCCGAGCUCUGCUUAAUCGCUCUUUUACUUCCAUUACUUCGUCAUGUUUUGGAAGCUCACGGCUCUCUCAGCCUCCUCACCUGUGGAGGCAGUUCUAGACAAAGAGAAUUUCACUUUGGAGGAACUUCUGGACGAAGAAGAAAUAAUCCAAGAAUGCAAAGCCUUAAACAGUCGUCUUAUUAAUUUUUUAAGGGAUAGAGCUCAGGUGGAGCAAUUAUUGCGUUAUAUUGUUGAAGAACCCCCAGAGGAUGCUGAAAAUAAACGAACCUUCAAGUUUCCUUUCAUUGCCUGUGAGAUUUUUACAUGUGAAAUUGAUGUCAUUUUGAAGACUCUGGUGGAGGAAGAGGAGCUAAUGAACUUACUUUUCUCCUUCUUGGAACCAAAUCGUCCCCAUAGUGCCUUUCUAGCUGGGUACUUUAGCAAGGUUGUUGUUUGCCUCAUGAUACGGAAGACAGUCCCGCUUAUGAAUUAUGUUCAAGCUCAUCAAGAUGUUUUCCGCCAACUUGUUGAUUUAAUAGGAAUUACAUCCAUCAUGGAGGUUUUGGUUCGACUCGUGGGUGCUGAUGAUCAUGUGUAUCCCAACUUUAUCGAUGUUAUGCAAUGGCUGGCUGAGAGUAACCUGCUAGAAAUGAUUGUAGAUAAAUUGAAUCCUACAUGUCCUCCUGAAGUUCAUGCUAAUGCUGCGGAAACACUUUGUGCAAUAACUCGAAAUGCCCCAUCAGCGCUGGCCACCAAACUUUCAAGCCCAAGUUUUGUUUCAAGAAUAUUUGCCCAUGCAUUGGAAGAUUCACAUUCAAAGUCUGGCCUUGUGAACUCACUUUCUGUUUGCAUCUCGUUGUUGGAUCCAAAAAGAUCUGCAGCUUCUUCUCCUUUAUUUCAUUCUUUCCGCAGUCAACAUAUGUAUGAUUCUCCAAUUCCUGUUAAUCCAGAAACUGUGGCUGCAAUGCUUCCUAAGCUUGGUGACUUACUAAUGCUUUUAAAUGUGUCAUCUGAUGAGAAAAUAUUGCCCACAACUUAUGGAGAAUUGAGGCCUCCUCUUGGGAAGCAUCGCUUAAAGAUUGUGGAGUUCAUUGCUGUUCUGUUGAGAUCCAACAAUGAAGCUGCAGAGAAGGAAUUGGUGAACUCAGGAACUAUUAAACGAGUCAUUGAUCUUUUCUUUGAGUACCCAUACAAUAACUCAUUGCAUCAUCAUAUAGAAAGUAUUAUAUUCUCUUGUUUAGAGAGUAAAAAUGAUGCUAUUGUUGAUCAUCUUCUACGAGAGUGUAAUUUGAUUGGAAAAAUUCUCCAAACAGAUAAACAUCCCAUCCUUUCUGCUGAUGUUGAUAAGCCAACAUUACCUGCUGCUGGAAAACGGGCACCACGGGGAGGAAAUCUUGGGCACAUUACACGAAUUUCUAAUAAGCUUGCUCAGUUGAGAAACAGUCAGAGCUGCAUCCAGUCUAGCCUACAGGACAAUAGUGAAUGGAACGAGUGGCAAGCUACAGUUUUGCAGGAGCGGAAUUCAGUUGAAAAUGUCUAUCGGUGGGCUUGCGGUCGCCCUACUGCAUUGCAAGAUAGGACAAGGGAUAGUGAUGAGGAUGACCUAACUGACAGAGAUUAUGAUGUAGCAGCUCUAGCUAAUAAUCUAAGCCAGGCUUUUAGAUACAAAAUGUAUGGGAAUGAUGAUACAGAAGAGGAUCAUGGAGCUAUUGAUCGAGAUGAUGAGGAUGUCUACUUUGAUGAUGAAUCUGCUGAAGUUGUUAUAUCAUCCCUCAGGCUUGGAGAUGACCAAGGGAGCAGUCUAUUCACAAAUUCCAACUGGUUUGCAUUCCAAAAUGAUAGAAUUGGUAAUGCACCUGUGGGCACUUCAGCAUCAGAGAUGAUGGAAGAAAUAAACUUGAAUGGAACUGCAAAUGGAGGAAAUAGCAGUAGUGAUGAUGAAGUUGUGGUUGGAGAGGAUGAUGAGUUUGGUGGAAGUAAAGACUCAACUAAUGGCACAUCCAGCUCCAACACGAACAUCCUGAAUGAUUUUGGUGGGAAUGGUUCUACAAGCACUGACAACUUGAAUGCAGAAAGUGAGAAGGCAAGUGCGUCUCAUUCCAAUGACAUGGGAUUUUUCAGAUUUGAGACACCAGACAAUGAGGAUUUGUUUGGAGAUAGGCCUUUACCUGAAUGGGUAGGAUGGGGUGACUCAUCGGAUUUGCAAGUUGGUGGUGCAAGUGUCAAUCCAUUUGUUGAUUGUGAUAACACUGAUGUCGUACCUACCAGUCAUGCUGAGUCUGUGACUCCUGGUGUCAGUACUCCUAGUGGAGAAUCUGUGCUUCCAAAUGGUUCUUCAACUACUACAAGCUCUAGUGAAGGUUCAGUAGGCAGUGAUACAGCUCAGAGAUCCUUAGCUGUGCCCUCACUGUUUGAAGAGGAUGUUGAAUUUGUAGGUGUGGAGUUAGAAGGUACUGAAAAAGCCAUGGAGCAGGCACUUAAAGAGGGAAUUGUUGGGGAAGCAGGGCCAUUGAAGAGAAACAUUAUCCCAAAGGUGCAGGAGAAGGAAAAUUCUGAUGAGGGUGGACCUGGAAUUAAGGAGUUCAACGAUGCAAAUUAUUGGAGGGUUGAUCAAGAAGUUGCCGUGCUGGAAUGAUGUUGCAGGUUGAUCCAGUUUAAGGCUGUUUGAACCCAAAAGUUGGGUCCAACAGCAAUGGACCCCAUUUUUGGUUGGCGACGGCAUUAUGCAUGACAUUUGUACAGUAUAUUUUUGUUUCCAUAAGGGGAUCGGAUGGUAGGUUGUGUCAUGGUUAUUUCUGUCUCUUUGUUGUUACUCAUUGUUGUUUAUUAUUUAAGGUUUUGUUUCUUCUUGAUACGGAUUUUGGGAGUUUCCCAGAUCCUUCUUAUUUAUAUUUAUAUUUUUUUCUAGCCAGAAUUGUUCUUAAUGUGGGAUUUAUUGUAGUUUGAAAUCCGGAUUCAAAAAGCUUUAAUAUUGGUUUUUAGCUCUGUUAAUCUAAACAUGUUCCGAGUCAA